UCACAGCGGGUACUGGUAUAAUGUCUGGCACAAAUCCUGAACACACAUAUAGUAUGGACUGGUCACAAGGACACCCUUCUCAACAGGAAACAAGAUGCAUCUAUGACUGUGGAACCUACAACUACAAUCAAGAACAGUGGAGAGAAACAUUUGUAUCUCAAAUGGAGAAAUCUACAAACACUGACGGAUUUUGUGAUGCCUUGACAGCGGAUUGUGGAGGACCAGAAGAAAGUGACAGUGAAAUAGAAACUGAAGAGCACAAGGAAAGGAUACUACCAUGUUUCAUAAAAAAUGAAACAGCUUCACCAGCAAGUUUUGUGUCACCAGGGUGCGAAGCAAAAUAUGACUUUGAAAAUAAUCAUCUACCUCAACCAAGCACGUGUCCUUGUGCAAUAAAGCGCAUUUGCCCAUAUGAAGUAUGUAAUGGACUCGGGAUCUGCAGCACCUGGGCUGAAACAAGAAUGCAUGUAGAUGCUGAUAUCCAGGCUGAUUCAUUUGAGUGUGGUUUCCCAAUAAAAUGUAUAAAAUGUGGAAAAACUAUACAGGACCGGAGCUCUUGUCAACAGCGUUAUUUAAUACCCAUUUAUGAGUGUAAUUCAUGUAUUGCACAUGGCACAACAGGACCUAAUAUGACUUCAUACCUUGAAUCCAUUGCUGGGCACAAUACAGCAGCUGAUCCAAGAAUUGUUCCCUGUGAGUACUGUAAGAAAAAAUUCGAGACGGUCCGGGGCAUGAGGAUACAUGUGGGGCAUGUCCACAAAGGAGCCAGAGCUAAGCAUUAAUACGAGCUGCAC